CACCAAUCAGAAAAAUCGAUGAAAAAACGUGUUGAGAAGUAGCCAAUCGGCGCUCGAUCUGGGUUGGUGGGCGGGGUUUCCCGCAAACACAAUAAGCGGUGCUCGGCGGAAGAAGACGCUGCCCGGGCUGUUAUCCCGCAUCGCCGUUAGUGGGAGGGAGCUGAGCUCUGCGGUCGUCCGCGGCUUUCGGCUGUGACGAAGCGGGCCUGUGUGGCUUCGGGCCAAGCCGGACGCGCAGCUCAGCCUCAGCGCUUCCUAUAUGGGCGCCUAGGCUACGCUGCGGCUGCGAAGCUGAAGCUGAAGAAAAGAUGAGCUCUGCGCUGAGGCUGAGGCGCUGCCUGUUCGCGCUGCUCGCGCCGCCGCUGCUGCUGCUGGCGCUGGGCGGGAAUCUCGAGGACUUCGCCGCGGAGGAGCGAGGCGGCGGCGGCGGCGGCGGCGGUGGCGCGGUGCGGACCUGGCGGCUGGUGCAGCGGCCGGUGGAGCGGCUGCAGCGCGUCCGCGGCGCGCCGUCCGCCGUGCACGACGAGCACCGCGUCCGCCGCCGGAGGAGGAGCGCCGAGCGGGACGGAGAGCAGUGCGCGGGACUGCGGGGGUUCGAGGCCGCGCUCGCCAACAACACGCACAGCUACGUGUUCGAUGCCCUGAGUGGUUCUGUGUCGCUGGCCUGGGUAGGAGAUGGCACUGGGGUGGUUCUGGCACUGACAACAUUUCAGGUGCCGCUCUUCAUGAUGAAGUUCGGCCAGUCCAAGCUGUACCGAAGUGACAACUAUGGGAAGUCCUUCAGGGAUGUGACACAUCUCAUCAACAACACCUUCAUCCUCACUGAGUUUGGCAUCGCCACCGGCCCACAGAAUUCUGGGAAGGUGAUCCUCACGAGCGACGUGUCAGGGAAGCAGCGAGCGCGCAUCUUCCACUCGGUGGACUUCGGCAACAGCUUCUCGCACUCGGACCUGCCCUUCCAGCCACUGGCGCAGAUGGCCUACAACCCGCAGGAUGCCAACGUGUUGCUGGUCAUCAGCGUCGAGAAUGAUCUGUGGAUCUCGGAGGACUUUGCCGCAAAUUGGAGGAAGAUCCACGAGAGGGUGUGCCAGGCGAAAUGGGGCUCAGGCAACACCGUGUUCUUCACGGCAAACGUGAAUGGAUCCUGUAGUGACCGUGGGCGGCUGGAGCUCAAGAAGACGACCGAUUACGGGAGAACCAUCAAAACGAUUGGCACCAGGAUCUUCUCUUUUGGCCUGGGGGGGCGAUUCAUCUUUGCCUCGAUCAUGACUGCGGAGGGCACCACGCGUGUCAUCCAUGUCUCAGUGGACCAGGGAGAUAUGUGGAACAUGGCCCAGCUCCCAGCCGUCGGACACGAGCAGUUCUACUCUAUCCUGGCCGCGAACGACGACAUGGUCUUCAUGCACGUGGAUGAGCCAGGAGACACCGGGUUCGGCACCAUCUACGUGUCGGACGACCGCGGCACGGUCUACUCCAAGUCGCUGGAGCGCCACCUGUACACCACCACGGGGGGCUACACGGACUUCACCAAUGUGACUUCGCUUCGCGGUGUCUACAUGACCAGUGUGCUGGCCGAGGACAACUCGGUCCAGACAGUGGUUACCUUUGACCAGGGGGGCGAGUGGAGGCCGCUGCAGAAGCCCUGGAACAGCCAGUGUGACUCCACUGCCAAGAACAAGGAUGUGUGCAGCCUCCAUAUCCACGCCUCCUACAGCAUGGCCAUGAAGCUCAACGUGCCCAUGCUGCCACUGACCGAGCCCAAUGCUGUGGGACUCAUCCUGGCACAUGGGAGCGUGGGCGAUGGAAUCUCAGUGAUGUCUCCCGACGUGUACGUGUCGGAUGAUGGGGGCUACUCCUGGCUGCGGGCCCUUGAGGGCCCCCACCAUUACGCCAUCCUGGACUCUGGGGGCCUGCUGGUGGCCGUUGAACAGACUCUCUCCCAGCCUAUCCACCAGAUCAAGUUCUCCACAGAUGAGGGACAGUGCUGGCAUGUCUACAACUUCACACGCGACCCCAUCUACUUCACGGGUCUGGCCUCCGAACCUGGGGCUCGCUCUAUGAACCUCAGCAUCUGGGGCUACCGGGAGUCUCUGCUGAACCAGUACUGGGUCUCCAUCACCAUCGACUUUAGCCGGAUCUUCAGCCGCGACUGUGACGAAAAGGACUACGUGCAGUGGCUGGCGCACUCUGAUGACCUCAGCAGUCCGGACAAUGGCUGCAUGCUGGGAUACAAAGAGGAGUUCCUGCGGCUGCGCAAGGACUCGGUGUGCCUGAAUGGGCGCGACUAUGUCAUCGACAAGCAGCCGACACCCUGCCUCUGUACCCUCGACGACUUCCUGUGCGAUUUUGGUUACUACCGGCAGGAGAACAGUUCGGAGUGCAUGGAGCAGCAGGACCUGAAGGGCCACAUCCUGGAGUUCUGCCUGCACGGCCGAAAGGAGCAGCUGCAGACGACAGGUUACCGGAAAAUUCCUGGAGAUAAGUGCGAGUCCGGCAUAGUCCCGGAACGGAAAGUGAUAGACCUCAGCACCAAGUGCGUCAGUAAUCUGCUGGAGCCGGAGCCGCUGGCGAGCUCCUCGAGCUCAGCCACCAUCGUGGUGGCCGUCGUCCUCGUCCUCCUAGUCAGCGCUGUCGCUGGAGUGCUUUUCGUCAAGAAGUACGUCUGUGGCGGGAGGUUCCUGGUGCACCGGUACUCAGUCCUGCGGCAGCACGCCGAGGCUGGGGGCACUGACGCUCCGGAUGAGUUGGACAACCAGGUGGCCACACCCACAAAGAAUGACUAUCACGACGACUCAGAUGAGGAUCUCCUGGAGUAAGAGCAGCAAGUCGGAGGCCACCGUCGCCCCUGGAGAGACGAGUCAACGUGUUCUCCUCAUCUCCAUGGCCACAGCCCCCUGCUGCUCUGUUUGCUGAUCCCCUUCAGACUCUCCUUCUGUCGGUUUGUUCCACCUCCCCCAUGCUCCUUCUGUUGGCCUCUUGGCCCCGCCCCCUUGUGCUCCCUCUUAGCUCCGCCCCUGGUGUGCUGUAGCGGCUUGACCAGUGGGGGUGAACAUGAGCUCUCACUCGAUCCAGCACGUCCAAGGAUUUGGUGUGAGAACCUUCUGCCUGCUCGCUCCCGUCUUCCUGGAGAACCUCCUUCCCUCUCGACACACGGCUCUCCGAAGUGCAGAUGGAGACGUGGUGGGACGUUGGGUCAGAGCCGUGCGCCGCUUGGAGAGACUUUGACUGAAGCGCUAUGUGCUGCGGAAUUCAAUAAGGCAAAACCACAGGAUCUCCGCAGCAGUCUGAGGACCUGAAACAGGAUGGUUAAGGUUAUCUGUGGUAAUCCGUCCUGGAAGUGUUUGAGUGGACCUGCAUUUUUGGUUUGUAGUUUACCUUUAGAGAUCGAAAUUUUUUACUUUCUUUUGUGAGUAAGGUUUGUUUUUCCCUGUCUGCUCUCAAUAUCUCAGCACUCCACACUAACUUGGUUAUUAGCAGGUGCGGGGCUCAACUGAGGACAUGAAUGUUGACAACGUCCACAUGUAUAAAGCAAUAUGAAAAGUAGACGCAAUACAUUAAUAGCCCACCAGAUACGUAGAUCAUGCUUAAAUCCUGUUUUACAAGGCACCCGUCUAUUUAGGGUCUUAAAUACCGGUUUUAAUGCAGAUGAAGUGCAUUAUCACUGACAGUGCUGCAUGCCCAUGACUUACGGUAGACCCUGGUUGGCUGGGAGGGGGGUGAUCACAUGAUCAUGUUAAUUAUAAUGCAGUAGAGGAGGAGGGAUUGGGGUCACAUGAUCACUGUAGUUGUGCUGGGCUGUGUGAAGUUGACCACUGGCCCCAGAAAUGCGACUGUUUUUAAUGAAAUUCCUACUGUGCCGUGCUGCACUAUAUCCUAAAACGUGGUAAGUUUGCAGUGACCGACUGUUCAGCUGUGGCAAUCAUUUGGGUCUUGUCCUUUAACAAGUUUUGGAAAUGGUUCAAGAAGAGCCCCCGUCUUACUCUGCCAUUUGAGUGGGUGAGCACAAGGGACUGUGGGUAACGAUGUUAGCUGUGCAGGGAUACUAAUGGUCGACAGAGGAGGACCCUGUGAAGCUCUAACAGUCUGCAUGGCACCCCCACACUGGCAUGGACUUUUUAAGGUACUUUUAUGUUAAAACACAUUUUGUUCCUUAAAGGGAUUUUUUAAUGUGUGAGGUUUGUAAAGUUCAUUGAACAUCAGUACAGUAUAACAUUAUUUAUAAAUUAGGUGUGUAGUUCUGCGCUAACCAGCCUGUCAAGCGGAGGGUGAGGUGGAGUUGUCUCAACUGCCUGUAUCAUUAAUCCUUCUUUGUGAACUUUAAUAUAAUCAUGUGAGAGUGAAGGAACGUGGCUGACCUUCUGUCCCAUGUGGGGUUUUUUUUUUUUUUUUUUUUUUGUGAGUUUUCAGUUUAUACUCCAAGGUCAAACAUUUAUAUGGUUGUGAAGUUACGUCACUCCUUUGUUUCAUUACUUUGGUCUGUCUGGCUGGUGUAAAAUCGACUUUUCUCAACGCUGGUAACGAGACAUGAACUAUAAAACACAACAGCUAUGAAAUCUAUGCAGACGUGUAAGAGGUGCUGACUAAGUGUGGACUAACUGGGGGGAUUCGGGUGUCCCGGAGACGAGAUGCUGGGUCUGAUGGAACUCCACACGUGGUUUGACUUCUCAUGUUUUGCUGUUUUAAACAGAUGUAAAAUUCAAAACUGAAAUGACUACUUAACAGUUCUGUUUGUAUAUUGGAAGGCAAUACCUGUAGUUUAAAUAAACUUUAUUGGUACUUUUCUCCUUCCUCUUGUCGAAGCCAUUGAGUGUGAGUUUAGAGCAGUCCCCAAGCUGAGUUGUGACAGAAUGUGGUACAGAGGCCGC